GCAAAUCCAUGCUUCACACGAGAGAUCCAACUGCACGUUUUAAAACCUCGUGCAACGGCCGCGUGCGUAAAUUACAUUUUUUGUAUUUUUUUAAAACGCCAUACGAGCAGUUAGCGCCAAGUGAAGUGGUCAUUCUCCCUUGGAAUUCCAAAAAAAAAAAAAUAAAUAACGAAAAGGGAAACACCUGGAGGAGGGUAGAUCGCACGAAAAAUUGCGGCAAAUAAAAACAAACAAGAGAGGCCACAAGCAGACUGCCACAAAAUAGCAGGACGCUCCGCUUGAGGAAAAGAAGAAAAAAUUCCCUUCCUUUUAGCAAGCGGUUCAAAGAAGUAUAAGGCAGAUAAGAAGCCACAUUGUGCGUACAAGCGCUAGCGAAGCAUACAACAUUUCUGAUAAGCAAACGGGUAACUCCAAAAAUGGUAAGAAGAAGGAGAUGAGUGUGAAUAAGCCAGCAAACGCAAAAUCAGCGACGGGGGCGAAGAAUGGAGAGCUGGAUGUGGAUACCGCUCGGGCAGUAAAAGGCUCGCAAAAGUUCAGGUUCGUAAUUGAACACAUAGAUUUCUGCCUUUUCUGUAAAAAGAAGAAAGAAAAGAAGGCGGAUGCCACUGACGGGGGAGGAGUUAACCAUUGCGCUGCGGACGACAGCGAAGACGAUGAUGGUGUUUAUGCGAAAGGAGAUGUCCGAAUCGAUCCAAAGCGACUAAGCUUUAUAGGCAAAACGUACGACCUUUUGAAGAAGAAAAGCUUCAACCCAAAGCAUUUAAAAAGGUUAGAAAAUGCCCAAUACUUUGAAAAGGUAUUAUGGGCACACUAUAACAUAUAUGAUAGGCUGUAUCUUCUAGGCAACAACGAGGUUUUUUUUUGCAUGGAUGGUCCCCAUGCAAGCAUAUACAAGUUGUACGUAAAGCAUAUACUAUCGCUUAUCGUUUUUAUUUGCUAUAAAUAUGAGGAAAAGGGGAAACACGAAAUUUGGGAUCAAAUAAUUUACAACAAAGUAGACGAAUUUGAAAAGUUGGUGGAAAUGGAAAAGAAGAAUUACACUUUAAAGGAAAACUACCAAAUUGAUGAGCGGUUUAAUAUGUAUAAGGAAUUCCUUGUGCAAAAAUUUCACAGCCUAUUUUUUAAUACCCUCAAAUUGGUUAACUAUAACUUUGUUUUUAGUGAGCACAUGCGAAGUGGGAAGAUAAAGAAGGGAAGAACAGAGAAGGAAGAUAUUGUAAAGUCAUGCAGGAGGCGCAUAUUCAAAUUAAACUUUUUGGAGAAAUCCUUUGUCUUACAGUUUUUUAUAAAUAUUUAUUCCAGUAUAGACAAAAAGUUUCUCUUCAAAUUGUGCCUUGACUUGUGCAACCCCUUCAUCUGGAGCUGCGUAAAUUACAGUUACUUAAACGCAUUUCUUUUUCAGAAGAGUAAGGAAGCCAAAGUGUUGUAUAAUAAUAUGCUAAAGGUUAUGGGGAAAAAAUAUUUAAAUGGGAGGAGUUACAAUGUUCUGGGUGUGUAUACCUGCAGUUGUGGUGUAGUCCUCCAGGACGAUGUGAAGAAGGAAGAGUAUGAUGAGGCCAUCAUUCUGUUUGUUAACAAAAAUGAGUUUUUUUACAACUUGAUAAAUUACUUUUUAAUCGUUUUGGACACCUUUGAGGAGUCCGAAGAGAUGGAGAAGGUGGCCAGUGACUCUUCCAUCUCCUCGAUGAGCAACACGGACAGUGAAAAUGAAGAGCUAGACGAGUGUGAAAGGUAUUUGGAAACGUUUAAUGGCGAGGAGGGUAACACUCCCGUUGAGGAGAAGUCCCCCUUUAGUGAGAAGCUUGGGGAUGCCUCUAUUCUAGUGGGUGAGGGGGACGCGAGGGACGAUGUGGGAACUGACGCGAGCGAUCAAGAGGGGAGCCUUACGGACGACUCGGUGGUCCACGAAGAAGGGGGUGUUACCACAAAGGGACACUCAGCCAAGCGCGCAAGGAGGGUUGCAGCUGGUGGGGGUGAGACUGACACCAUAAAUGGUACACACCUUGACAGUGGUGAGGCCGCGCUCCACGACGAAGUGGUAGAGUUCCUCGAGUCGGUCGAAGCGUACGCAAAGUACUUCUCCAGCGAUGACGAAGGGGAUGGAAGUUAUGCCAACCAGAGUGAACACAAAAAGGAAGAAAUAUUGCGCAUGUUUUGGAAGUAUGAAGGAAAGCUAAAGGGGAAAAAUAAACAGAGGUACACACGUAAGGUUAGAAGAAGCGGAAGGAAGAAUACCAGAAGGGGCAGAAAAUUUCGCAUUUUGUUUGUUGAAAAGUGUGUGGAAUUUUUUAUUGAUCUGUUAAGUCAGCUUUACUCCAGAAGGAUAUUGCACAUCCUUAUAAAGCAUUUUAAUGUGUUAAUUUAUUGCAAAAUUUCUAGCCUUAACAGGAAGAGGAAGUUUAAAGAACUGAUAAAGCUGCUAAAAUAUUACGUCGAAAUGUAUAUAAACAAUUUUUCGGGGAACCCACUAACGUACCUAGAAAUAAGCAACGAGCAUUACAAGAACUUUGAGUUUUUCCAAACCUUUUGCUACAAGCAUUUUAAGGAGCACGCGGUGUUAAAAAAUUACUACCUGAAGUCCGUUUUUUUGAUGAACAAGAAGAGGGAGCUGCUGGAGAAUUUGGCCAAGCUGGAGGAGCGCGAGCUGCUGUUCCUGUGCGAGAAGUUGCGGUAUUUGGUGCGCGGCGGGGAGGGAGCCGAGGCGGCUAAUGAAGUAGCUGGGACUGCUGAUGAUGUAACUGAGACUGUUGACGAUGCAACCGAAACUGCUGAUGAUGCGGAGGGGGACGGCCAAUUGCGGGGGAACAAAUGGAGCAGAGAAAGCGGGGGCAUCUUCCCAAAUGUGCCUCGGUUUAGGAGAAAGAAGAAACUGUUCUACAUAACUGUGCUGAUCGAAAAUUUGAGUUUUAAAAGCAACAUCUUCGAGGAGAUAGACAAGCAGUGUGAUUACCCGAACGAGAAGGACCUAUUCGAUAGCGUCUUGAUAGACACGAAGGACGACAUGAAGAAGAAGAGGAAAACCUUCCUCUACACCAAGCCAUUGUUCAAACUGAACUUGCAAUAUCUGUGCAUUAACGAUUAUGUUUUUAGAAUAUAUAAUUUGUUCAAACUGCAGAGUUACUACGAUAUUAGGAAAAACGUCCUGGAGUAUGUCUACGAAACGAACCCAAAGAAUAGGAAGGUGAAUGAGCAUACUGUAUGCAGGUACGUCUUCGAAAUUGACGAGCGGAGUGAAGCUCACGGGGAUGAUAAUAAGAUGAAUGGAGAAGGGGAGAAGAAAAGGAGGAAGAGAAAACAUGAAGAAGAGUUACUAGAGGAGGACCAAAUAGAUACGCACGAUGAAUUUUCACACCAUAAGAGAAACACCCACACGUUUAAUGAGUACCAGCUAAACUCCAUAGUACAGGAUGUUAACAAAAUUGAAAACACCUAUUUUGCGAAUGAACGAAGAAUGAGCAAUAAAAUAGAUUCAUUCAAAAUUAUAAAUGUAGAUAACAACAGUAAGAAAGUUACGGCAGAAAUAGUGAUCGAUCUGAAGUACAAAUACCACGAAAGGGCCAAUAACGAGUGGAAUAUGAUUAGACCUUGCGACAUUUUAUUUCUCGUUUGCGUAAAGAAUUACACCAAUCAUUAUAGGAAUAAAAUAAACGUCAUUAAUGAUGGCGAUUUGAAGAAGCUACUCGGAAUUAACUACGUCAGAGGGUGCGAAGUGUUCAAAUAUGCUAACUUUGUAGAAAACGGGGAAGAGGGAGAUGCGGAGAAAAGCAGCUUGAAGAGGAUCACCGUGUACUUGGAUUAUCAUCAGUACCAGAAGGAUAUUCUUAACGAUCCUGAAAUUUACAAUUCAUUUAAUUUACUGGUGAGGAGGAAACAGAAGGAAAAUAAUUUCUUCUACAUUUUGAACAACAUCAAAACGUUGAUUAUGAAUCCCGAUGAUGUGGUCAUACCGUAUUGGGUGCACGACAUAUUUUUGGGCUACUGCGACGGUUCGCUCAAGUACUACCAGAAGUCGCUGCCGGGGAGGGCCAGCGCGGAGGGGGAGUCCGCAGAGGGUGCAUCGGAGGAGGGAUCGGGAGAGGAAAGCCAAUCGGAGGAGGCAUCAGCAGAGGGUGGAUCGGAGGAGGAAUCGGGAGAAGAAAGCCAAUCGGAGGAAUCAGCAGAGGCCUCAUCGGAAGGGGCCCCAUCAGACGAUGCAAACAGCGACAGUAAAAACAAAGCGGGUAGUCCCAGCACUGCGAAAUUGUCGAAGAGCCCCCUGGUGUGCAAUCGUGGGAAGCUAAAUUUUAUAAAAAACAACAUCGAUGAUAUUAACUACCUGAACACGUUUGUAAACAUCCUGCAUGUGGUAAAGACGACGAACGUUGCGUAUCUUUGCAUCGACUCGUCGUACAUGAAUGUGUCGAACGGUGGCGAUAAAGUAGAUGUGAAGAGUCUACUGAAUGAGUAUAUCGAGCCCCUGUUUUUGAGCUACGUACCGAUCAAAUAUGAAGACAAAAAGAAGUCGCUCGAAAAGGAUGUGCUGCAAAGGAAUAUCCUCGAAAGUUUAUAUUAUCACAUUUGUGUGAUUAAUGGGUACGCCCCAGACGAGAUGGGAUUCGUUUCCAAUUUUGUGGAGAACGUUAGGGUUGCGCAUCGGUAUGGGGAGUAUUGUAUCUUCCAAUUUGCGUUUAAGGAGAAGGAGUACUUCUUAAUUUUGAACAGCUACCUGGGGGGGGAGCGGCAGAAGGGGGGAGAAGAAAACGCAGGUGAAGAAGGCGCCUCGGACGAAGUGAACGGAGAGGUUACCACAAUUGGUGACCGCAAACAAGUGCAAACUUUGUUCGAGCAAAAUGUGAUUACCUCCACAGGACACUUGAGCCUAAAAGGGGACAUAUACAGGAUACCGAACAGGAUAUACGACGACCAGGAGUACCCCUUAGAGGGGUUGCUUGUUCACACGAAAAAGAGGAACAGCACAAAUGUGGCGCUGGUGAAGAGGGCAGACGCCCAAAAUGGGGCCGACGAGACAAACGUGGUAGAAGCAGCAAAUGGAGGCGAGGCGAAAAAAAGGAUGUACUACACUGAAAGGCAAAUCGAAUGUAUAAAGAGUGGGCUGUAUGAAGGGAUAACCAUCAUCGAGGGAGUUCCAGGCAGCGGGAAAACCAGUAUACUAAACAAGAUCAUUAACAUUCUCUUUAACAACAAAACGAAGGAAAAGAUUCUCAUAUGUACACACAGUAAUAGUUGCCUUAAUUACAUUUUUAACUUGCUGGUUAAGGAAAAUCUGAUUCACCAAAAGUAUCUCUGCAGAGUAGGUAUGGGGGAGCUGGACGUUGAAAAUUUAAGAGCCGAGUAUGAAGAAGUGGAAAGGAACUUAGCCAGAAAUGGCAUUGGUGGGGGAAAGGACAGCAGCAUGGUGAACAAAGAAGGGCACGAUUUUUUUGAUGAAGAUGAUAAUUUUAAUUUUUCUAAAUAUGGAAGAAUCAAUUAUAUGAUCGAUUUAAGACAAAAAAUUCUGAACGAGGUAAAUCUGUUAUCCGAAGCGAGUAGCAGCCAGAAGAUAUAUCACUGUUUGUCGGCCACCCAGUAUUAUGAGAAUCAUGUGAAAAAACGUAUUUCUAAUUUUUUUAAGUUGAUUGAAAUUUAUAGGAAAAACGGAAAUGAGGAGGAUUUUUUCAAAUUGUGCAUCACAGCAUCGGUUGACGAUUACGAUGUGUAUAAUUUGUUUUUGUGCCCAAAGGUGUACGUGGAGGUACGCGAAAGUGUGGAGGAUUUAAUUUGGAGAGGGGCGAAGGAUACAACGCGGUGUACUUCUAAGGAGGUGGAAAAGCUACACUUAUUGGAGGAAGACAAAGAGUGCUUUUACUUAAUCCACCCAGAAGAUCAGUUAGACAUUUUGCAACUGAGCGUGUAUAGCGUUCUUUUCCCGUUUAAGAAGUACCUGAAUUUGAAGUUGCACGGAGUAGGCAUCGAUGAGUUUUUGCAGUAUAGGGGAGGUUUCCUCGGGAGGGCGGAAAACGCGGACGACGUGAAAAACGCGGACAACGUGAUAAACGCGGAUAACGUGAUAAACGCGGAUAACGUGAUAAACGCGGACGACGUGGAAGCAAACGCGGAAGAAGAAAAAGGGGCAAACGGUGAGCUAUCCCAAUCGGGGGAUGUCCCCACCGCGCGCGGCAUCUUCAACGGAGACGUAACCGGCAUGACGUUCAAACAGGACGAGGACGAUUUAUACGUGAGCAAGUACUAUUUAGCAAAGCUGAUAAAAAACUUCGAACAUCUGAAUGACUGCAGAGCAUUCGAGGUGUUAAAGAACCAGCGCGAAAGAGGAGUGUACAUCAUAGCGAAGCUGGCCAGGGUGAUCGCAAUGACGUGUACACAUGCAAGCAUAAACAGAAGCAAAAUAGCGAAGCUGCAAUUUUACUUUGACAAUAUUAUUAUUGACGAGUGCACGCAAAUUACGGAGAAUGAUACAUUUCUGCCGCUCCUGCUGCAAGAAAAUAGAUACUAUAAGAGCAAGUUGAAGAGAAUAAUUUUCGUGGGGGACUCCAACCAACUACCUCCCAUUAUAAAAAAUAAAUAUAUAAAAAACUUUGCAAACUAUGAACAGUCCCUUUAUAAGCGAUUUUUAAGAUUAGAAUUGCCAUCCAUUUAUUUGAAUGAGCAGGGACGUAUGCGAAAUGAGAUUUGUAACAUAUAUAAAUAUUUUUACAGCAAGUAUAAUAUACAAAUAGCCAAUCUGGAAUGCAUUCAUAGGGACAAAUUUUUGAAAAAUUUCAAUCCCGGCUUUACCUAUACGUAUCAGUUUGUGCAUGUCGAAUCGGAGGAGUACACACCGGUGCCUUAUUUUUACCAAAAUUUGUUGGAAGCAGAAAUGGCCGUUGCUAUUUUUAUGUACAUGCGACUGCUAGGGUAUGCCAAUGAAGUGAUCACCAUUUUGACCACUUACAAUGGGCAGAAAGAACUGAUACUAGACAUUUUAAAAAAAAACUGCCUGUACAAUAAGUUAAUCGGAAUGCCAAAAAAAGUCACGACAGUGGAUAAAUACCAGGGCAAACAAAACGACUAUAUAAUUAUUUCCCUCGUUCGGUCGAAAAGCAUUGGGUAUAUGAAAAAUAUUAAAAGACUGAUUGUUGCGUUUUCGCGUGCAAGAUUUGGUUUGUACGUACUUGGAAAUUAUAACUUGUAUAGGAAAAAUUACGAAUUUAAGAAGCCGCUAUACUUUUUUAGGAAGAACAGAUUGGAGCUGUCCUUGCAGAUGAACGAGCAGUUCUGCACGGCCCAGCGGGAGGGCAGCUCCCCCGCGGUCAUCGUAAAGGAUUUGAACCACUUUUACUCAAUUAUAUAUUCCCUGGCGAACGCCCACCUGCAGCGCGGCUGUGCGUAG